ACAAUCAGUCACCAACAUUCACAGCCACACACACACACACACACACACACACUCACACUCCAGCGUCCCACAGGGGAGUCGAGCUCAGAGCUGCAGCAGUUUGUGGAGAUACAAACGGUAGAACACACGAUGAGGGUCCGCCUGCUCCCUCUGAUAACAUGUCUACUGUUGACAUGGAGCCAUUCAAACAUGGCAACAAGCACUUCAUCCACAGCAGCAGACUCCUCCUCACCUACACCAACCUCUACAAGCAACUACACCACUUCCAUCCUCUCCAUCACCAGUGAUAUCUCUCCUAGCACCACCGCCAGUACCUUAGCAAGACCCAUCAUCAACACCACUGCAGGAACCUUAGCAAGCACCACCACAACCACCACCGCCAGUAUCUUACCAAACACCAUCAUCAGCACCGCCGCAGGAACCUUAGCAAGCACCACCACAACCACCACCGCCAGUAUCUUACCAAGCACCAUCAUCAGCACCACCGCAGGAACCUUAGCAAGCACCACCACAAGCACCACCGCCAGUAUCUUAGCAAGCACCAUCAUCAGCACCGCUGCAGGAACCUUAGCAAGCACCACCACAACCACCACCGCCAGUAUCUUACCAAGCACCAUCAUCAACACCACCGCAGGAACCUUACCAAGCACCACCACAAGCACCACCGACAGCACCAGCAGCAGCGACAGCACCUCCAACAGCCCCACCGACAUCACCACCGUCAGCCCCAACGACAGCACCACCACCACCACCUUACCAAGCACCACCAACAUCACCACCGACACCACCACCACCAACAGCCCCAUCGACACCACCACCACCACCUUACCAAGCACCACCAACAGCACCUCCAACAGCCCCACCGACAUCACCACCGUCAGCUCCAACGACAGCACCACCACCAUCACCUUACCAAGCACCACCACCAUCACCUUACCAAGCACCACCAACAGCCCCACCGACACCACCACCGCCAGUACCUUACCAAGCACCACCUUCGGCACCACCGUCACUACCAGCACCACAAGUACAACCCAAACCUCGACACUGGAUCAGGACGGACACAAGUCCGAAGCGCUGAGCUCAGGAAGCAUUGCAGCUAUUGUCUUCCUGUUCCUUAUUAUCGUCCUCGUAGUGCUGGGCGGACUGUACUACUACAGGAUCCAACGAGCAUCCUAUGGUCGUCUACAGGACAGAGAAUACAGCAAUUUGGUAAACUUCCCCAACCCUAUGUAUGACCCCUGAUGUCCCACCUUUGGACCUCCGACUCUGGAAGUGACACCGACAGUCCUCGGUCUGCAGAGGGAGCCGUUUGAAUCCAGUGUUGUUAUCGUGUGUAAUUGUGCUCGUGUGUAAAAGUUCUGCAACAUUACUGUGAUACUUGGUCCGAUGACUUGACUGCACUCAGCUGCAAAUGUUUUAUCUCCAUUGAUCUUUGUUGUCUUGAGCUUCUGAGCUUCAGUUGCAGAGAGAACGAGCACAUUUAUCAGAGGUGAAGUGAUUCUCAAUGGACAGUUGUACAAAAUGUGAAGACGUGGCUGUAAAUGUUAAGACGGGGGGGGAACUGACAAUGAAGUGCAAACCUUUCCUGUCGGGAUCAACAACACUCAUUGUUUGAUUAAUUAACGUUCAGUGGAUUUACAUCACGUCUGAGCUUGUUCUCGUUUUAAACUUUCUCACUUAUAACUUACUGGAAAUAAUGAGAUUCUGCUCAUUUGAAAAUAUUCACUUAUCGACUUAAACUUAAAUGAGGAGACAAAGCUCGAGUCUCGGAGAACACACGUAUCGUUUCAUGCCAAGUUUACACUACGUGAGUUUAGACCUGCUUCUUUUACUAGCUGACACAUUUGGAUCGGAGCCACUUCCUUUGACUUGAUUUCUAGCAGAACGCUGCAGAGAGACGGGCCUAUGAAAAUAGAGGGUUGAGGGUUCGAGCCUCAUUCAUUUAUCCUGCUUUAAAGCACAAUCUUCUCCCAUUGUGAUCCGCCUCUGAUCAACUUCAACUUAAAAACAGACUUUUUCAUUCUUAAUUGUUAUUGGUGAUAACUAUUUUUGCUUUGCUUUGCAUUUCUGACUGCAAUUCCUUUAGUAUUUAUGGAAUAUCAUUUAAUUACUGAUUGAUAGCGUGAGAGUUUAGAUGCCUUUCUCUAAAUUUCAUUGUUUGACAGGAUUGUGUUAGAUAUUUUUGUAAAAUAAAAGUGAUAAAAUAAAAA